AUGAAUUCUAACAAUAACACAAGAAAGAUAUUAUUGACUCGGUAUGGUAAGAAAUCAUUUUUAAAUCAAAAAAAUAAAACUGAAUCUUGUAUUCACUUACUUAAUACGCCUAAAAUACAAUGUUUACCGUUGAAUAACUUCAACUGCAAUGAGGUAAAGCGAACAAUCGCAAACAACACUAAAACAAAUGAUAAACACGACCAUUCUAAUCGAAUUCCGGAAUUAAAACAAGAAUGUAAAAACUCGAGAUUGUUAAUGACGAGCAGUCUCAACUCCAGAUACCAACUAAAUUUUAAAAACUAUAUUCAAGAACUUUACAAAGCAUUGAUAAAAGAGUGCAACUAUAACUUAUUAGAUUUAAAUUCGUUUAACACAACAUUAGACUUUGAGUCCUUGACGAGUGUCACUAAUCGAACGUUGAAAGCUAUAAAGGAUCAACAAAUAUUUUCGGUAUUAGGAUAUUUUCCAAUCAUUUCUAAAGAGCUGAAAAAACGUGGUUGGGUGGAAAAACGAGAUCCGUAUAGAUCACCAAUAAAUUAUUCGCAGUGUUUAAAAUCAUCACCAUGGAUGGUUAAUUGGAUCGAAUCGCCUCCACUGAUAUCGUCAGUUAAUGAAAAGGAAGGUGCCAUGGAGCGCCUGAAAAGUUUACAAUCUUGGAGUUUUCUUAAAAACAAAAGAUCUGAUUUUAUUUUCGUCACUAGAAAACAGUUAAUUAAUUGGUCCACUCUAAGUAAAUUAACAUGUGUCAGUCAGAUUACAAAACACGUCUUUUGUACCAAAAAUGGUUUGGCGCUAUGUUUGGAAUCUUACAAAAAUGUUGAGUCAAAUUUGAUGUUUCCGAGAUGUCAUUAUAUUCGAAAUGAAGCGGAUAAUGAUGCAUUUGUGGAAGAUUACAUUACAACAGCGUUAGUAAGCACAUUAAAAUUUAUUGUAAAAGCGAUUGAAAAUAAUAAAAGAAUUUUCACUGCAAAUGGCAAUAUACCAUAUGAAAUUAUCAAUUUUGUGGAACAAUGUAUUAUACAAUUUUUGAAUAAACAAAUAACUGGUAAUACAGAAACAGGUAUAUGGAAAUUUAAGAGUCAAAAAGAAAAAUGGAACGAAUUUAUGAUUCAUUACACAAAACUGAUCAUCGAUAGUAACGCACAAUUUAAUCAAGAGUAUACAAAUGAAUUAGAACUCGAUGUUUAUGCAAAAUUUAAAUAUUUACUGGAAAAAAUGAAACCGUAUCGUCCCCAACACUAUAUAGAUGGGAUAACCAACACAUGGAUCAUAAAACCCACGUCAAACUGUUCUGGUCAUGGCAUUAUGUUGUCUAGAGAUUUGCAGACGAUACAACAAAAAAUAACUGAAAAUGAUAUCUUUAGAAAUAAUUAUAUUUUACAGAAAUAUAUAGAAAGACCCCUUUUAGUUUAUACGUGUAAAAUUGAUUUACGACAAUGGUUUUUAGUGACCAAUAUGAAUCCAGUGGUUGUGUGGAUGUACAAGGAGGGUUACGUCCGAUUUUGUGCUAACAGCUUCUCCAUGGAAAACAUGCACGAAUCCGUUCAUCUCAGUAAUGUCAGACUGCAAAUCAAAUAUCGAAAAAUUAGGAAUUCACAAGUACCCGAAGAGUGUAUGUGGGAUUACAGAGAAUUACAAAACCAUCUAAGAAAGAUCGGACAAGAUUACGUAUGGGAUGAAUUGAUAUUUCCCGGAAUGAGCGAGAGCAUUUACGCCGUGUUACAAGCUGCAACGGACACUUCGUCGUACCGCGACAACACUUUUCAAUUGUUUGGAGCCGAUUUCUUAAUCACGGAAAACUUCAUACCGUAUUUGAUCGAGAUCAAUUCCAUUCCCGGGCUGAAUCCAUCUACGAGUGUUAUCGCUAACUUGGUGCCUAUGCUCCUAAGUGAUAUCGUGAAAGUGACGGUGGACUACAAGAAAAACUCGAACGCCGACACGGGGCUGUUUGUAAAGGUCGUUCCGGAAAAAUGGAAACCAUCAGCCUCGGCGGUCGUGGUGGACAGUCGCAAUCAAUUCGAUUCGUUGACGGCCGUCGUACCGUUCACGUUCGACUACCACCGCCGGUGGAUGGACAGCAUCAAUAAAAAGUUGGUGGCACUACGGCUACGUAAUGAAAGUUCCAAUGUAAGAAAGCUCUAGUAAUGCCAUCACCGCCGUCGCUGCAA